CUUGGUCCUGCAGCGCCUCUAGGCUGCAGAGCCGCGCUUCAACCACCUGCUCGGCGCAGCGUCCAGGGAAGCGGGGAGGAGACUGAAACGGGAGGGAAGAGGCGGGAGGGAGGAGGAGAGAAGCCGCUUACACACGCCUUCCAGUCGCUCCACUCAGAGCAGCCGGGAGAUCGCUGCUGCCGCCGCUCCUCACACUGCCGCUGCUAUUCCUGCCACCGCUGCUGCCACCUGAGGAGACUUCCAGGACCCCCGGCCUCCCUUGCCGCCACCCCCGACGAUUCCUUUCCAGCACCAGGCUUUUGAUGCACAUUGCCACUACUGCCACUUAGCAUCAUUGCUACUAUUAUUUUUAUUCCAAGACCCGGAAAAAUCAUAGUGCGGACAGAAAGAACUACGUCCACCUUUGCGAAUUACUCAAGUGUCUCUGAGGAAGAAGGAGUCUGCAGGUCCCGGGAGCCGCUGCAGCCUCGGGAGCCGAGGGCGGCAGUUGCAAAGGGGGGAGGAGUUGGGGCAUCGCCUGGUGGAAAGUUGCGUGCGGCCGAGCCCUGAAGGUGCCGCUCGACAGCCUGGGGGAGCUGUUUGUCUAGGAGAACCGUCUGCCCCCGCGUCCGGACCCCCGGGUGCGCAGGCCGUGUGGGGCCAGGGACGACGCCCCCUCCUGCGGCGCGGACUCUGUCAGCGGCCCCCAAGGAGGAGGAGGAGGAGGAGGAAUAUGGCUUCGAAGGCGGUCCCCUCCUGCCGUCUGGUUUUCUGCCUCUUGAUGUCCGCUGCUGUCCUCAGGCCAGGUCUUGGAUUGUACACUGUAAAUUCAAUAUAUGGAGAUACCAUUAUCUUGCCUUGCCGACUAGAUGUACCUCAGAAUCUCAUGUUUGGCAAGUGGAAAUAUGAGAAGCCUGAUGGGUCCCCAGUAUUUAUUGCCUUCAGAUCGUCUAUGAAGAAAAGUGUGCAGUAUGAUGAUGUGCCAGAAUACAAAGACAGAUUGAGCCUCUCAGAAAACUACACUUUAUCUAUCAGUAAUGCGAGGAUCGGUGAUGAAAAGAGAUUUGUGUGCAUGCUUGUAACUGAGGACAAUGUGUUUGAGGCGCCUACAGUCGUGAAGGUGUUCAAGCAGCCAUCAAAACCUGAAAUUGUCAGCAAAGCACCUUUUCUUGAAACAGAGCAGCUUAAAAAGUUGGGCGACUGUGUUUCUGAAGACAGUUAUCCAGAUGCUAAUAUCACAUGGUACAGAAAUGGAAAAGUGUUGCAACCUCUUGAUAGAGCAGUAGUCAUAAUUUUUACGAAGCAAAUGGACCCAGUAACUCAGCUGUAUACCAUGACUUCUUCGCUGGAGUAUAAAGCAACCAAGGCUGACAUACAUAUGCCAUUUACAUGCUCUGUGACAUAUUAUGGACCAUCUGGCCAGAACACAAUUUAUUCUGAACAAUCGGUCUUUGAUAUUUAUUAUCCUACAGAACAAGUGACAAUGCAAGUGUUGCCACCAAAAAAUGCCAUCAAAGAAGGGGACAACAUCACCCUUACUUGUUUGGGAAAUGGUAACCCUCCUCCUGAGGAGUUUUUGUUUUACUUGCCAGGACAGCCUGAAGGAAUAAGAAGCUCAAAUACUUACACAUUGGCAGAUGUGAGGCGCAAUGCAACAGGAGACUACAAAUGCUCUCUGAUAGACAAAAAAAACAUGAUUGCUACAACAGCCAUCACUGUUCACUAUUUGGAUUUAUCCUUAAACCCAAGUGGGGAAGUGACCAAGCAGAUUGGUGAUACUCUGCCAGUGUCAUGCACAAUAUCUGCUAGUAGGAAUGCAACUGUGGUAUGGAUGAAAGAUAACAUCAAGCUUCGAUCUAGCCCUUCAUUCUCUAGUCUUCAUUAUCAGGAUGCUGGAAACUAUGUCUGUGAAACCGCUCUGCAGGAGGUUGAAGGACUAAAGAAAAGAGAGUCUUUGACUCUCAUUGUAGAAGGAAAACCUCAAAUCAAAAUGACAAAGAAAACUGAUCCCAGUGGACUGUCUAAAACAAUAAUCUGCCAUGUGGAAGGUUUUCCGAAGCCAGCCAUACAGUGGACCAUUACUGGCAGCGGAAGCGUCAUAAACCAAGCAAAGGAAUCUCCUUAUAUCAAUGGCAGGUAUUAUAGUAAAAUUAUCAUUUCCCCUGAAGAAAAUGUUACAUUAACUUGCACAGCAGAAAACCAGCUGGAAAGAACAGUAAACUCCUUGAAUGUCUCUGCUAUAAGUAUUCCAGAACACGAUGAGGCAGACGAGAUCAGUGAUGAAAACAGAGAAAAGGUGAAUGACCAGGCAAAAUUAAUUGUGGGCAUCGUUGUUGGCCUUCUCCUUGCUGCUCUAGUUGCUGGCGUCGUCUACUGGCUGUACAUGAAGAAAUCAAAGACUGCAUCAAAACAUGUGAACAAGGACCUUGGUAACAUGGAAGAAAACAAAAAGUUAGAAGAAAACAACCACAAGACAGAAGCCUAAGAGAGAAAUUGUUCUAGUUGUUGUCCAG